CCCUUCCCCGCCUGGACAUACUGUGCCCAGAGACAUGGGUUGCCUAUGUCUUUGUAGCUAAAUAGGGAACAUAGUGGUGAGAAAUAUAUAAACCUAAUGAAGAGGACAAGUGGAGAGGUUGCCCAUAGCAACCAAUCAGAUUCUGUCAUUUAUAUAGUACGUUCUAUAAAAUUAGAUCUAUAAUGUGAUUGGCUUCUGUGGCCAGCUCCCCCUGAUCUCUAUUGAAGGUUUGAUACAUCUCACUAUGGAAUGCGUUGGCUCCACUUUAAUACAGCAAGUCACCAGGAACUGUAAGAAUGCUGUCCCGACUAUUCCGCAUGCAUGGCCAAUUUGUGGCUUCUCAUCCAUGGGAGGUCAUCGUGGGUACGGUGACCAUCACCAUCUGCAUGAUGUCCAUGAACAUGUUUACAGGGAACGAUAAGAUUUGCGGCUGGAACUAUGAGUGCCCUAAGUUUGAAGAAGAUGUUCUAAGCAGUGACAUUAUAAUCUUAACCAUCACACGCUGCAUUGCAAUACUCUACAUCUACUUCCAGUUCCAGAACCUCAGGCAGCUUGGAUCUAAAUACAUUUUAGGUAUUGCUGGGUUAUUUACCAUCUUCUCAAGCUUUGUCUUCAGCACAGUAGUUAUUCAUUUCCUAGAUAAAGAACUGACAGGCUUGAAUGAGGCUCUUCCAUUUUUCCUGCUGCUGAUUGAUCUCUCCAAAGCCAGUGCGUUAGCCAAGUUUGCCCUCAGUUCCAACUCACAGGAUGAAGUACGUGACAAUAUUGCUCGUGGCAUGGCCAUUCUGGGGCCUACUUUCACACUCGAUGCCCUUGUGGAAUGUCUGGUAAUUGGAGUGGGCACCAUGUCAGGUGUGCGCCAGCUGGAAAUAAUGUGCUGUUUUGGCUGUAUGUCCGUCCUAGCAAAUUAUUUUGCCUUCAUGACAUUCUUCCCAGCCUGUGUGUCCUUGGUCCUGGAGCUGUCCAGGGAGAGCCGAGAGGGCCGUCCAAUCUGGCAGCUGAGCCAGUUUGCAAAUGUAUUGGAGGAGGAGGAGGAUAACAAACCCAAUCCUGUCACUCAGAGGGUGAAGAUGAUCAUGUCCUUAGGUCUGGUCCUGGUUCAUGCUCACAGCAGAUGGAUAAGUGAACCCACUCCCCAGAAUAGUACUUCUAUUCAAGACCAUACGGUUUCCAUUGGCCUGGAUGACACCAUACCGAAGAGAAUUGAGCCCAAGGUGCCUCUUUGGCAUUUUUAUCUCUCCAGAAUGGUCACCAUGGACAUUGAGCAGGUCAUAACGCUCGGCCUUGCUCUUCUUCUGGCUGUCAAGUACAUAUUCUUUGAACAGACUGAGACCGAGUCUACACUCUCCCUGAAGAACCCCAUCACCUCACCAGUCACUGUGCAGAAGAAGCAAGAUCAGAGUUGUUGCAGAAAGGAGUCUGUGCUGGAAAAAGCAGCCCCGGAUUGUAAAGUAGAAGACCUCUCCUCAAAAGAGGAAAAAGAAGCGGUUAUAAAGCCAUUGCCUUUGGAGAAUUCACCCAAGCUCAAGUUUGUGUUGGGAGAUUCCUCAUCACCGGCAUCCUCAAGUGAAGAGGAGGUGGAAACCAAGUUUGAUAUACCAGAGGACCCCCGGCCCAUUGAUGAAUGUGUUCGCAUUCUCCGGAAUCCAGAUAAAGGUGCUCUGUACCUGAGUGAUGCAGAGGUGAUCAGGUUGGUGAAUGCUAAGCACAUCCCAUCCUACAAGCUGGAGUCCAUAAUGGAAUCCCCCGAGAGAGGAGUUGCCAUUCGUAGGCAAAUGUUGUCCGGCAAACUACCUCAGUCAUCAGCUCUUCAGAACCUGCCUUACAAAAACUACAACUAUUCAAUGGUAAUGGGUGCAUGCUGUGAGAAUGUUAUUGGGUAUAUGCCUAUACCCGUUGGUGUUGCAGGACCUCUGAUCUUGGAUAACAAAGAGUUUCAGGUUCCUAUGGCAACAACAGAAGGCUGCCUGGUGGCUAGCACCAACCGAGGAUGCAGAGCCAUAAUGCUGGGCGGAGGGGCACACAGCCGUGUACUUGCUGAUGGGAUGACCCGUGGACCAGUUGUCCGGUUACCAACUGCUUGUGAGGCAGCUGAGGUGAAGAGCUGGAUAGACAGUCCUGAGGGCUUCAAAGCAAUAAAAGAUGUGUUUGAUAGCACAAGCAGAUUUGCUCGACUUGGGAGAUUACAAGCCAGUGUAGCUGGACGAUACCUUUACAUUCGUUUUCAAUCCAGAACGGGAGAUGCUAUGGGAAUGAACAUGAUAUCAAAGGGCACAGAACAGGCUCUGUCUAGAUUACAAGAAGAGUUUCCGGAGCUCCAGGUUAUAGCUGUAAGUGGCAACUUCUGUACAGACAAGAAACCGGCUGCAAUCAACUGGGUGGAGGGCAGAGGAAAAUCCGUGGUGUCCGAGGCCAUCAUUCCAGCAAAAGUCGUACGAGAAGUGCUGAAAACAUCCACAGCUGCACUGGUGGAAGUUAAUAUAAGCAAGAAUCUGGUUGGCUCUGCAAUGGCUGGCAGUAUUGGCGGAUACAAUGCACAUGCAGCUAAUAUUGUUACUGCAAUCUACAUUGCUUGUGGACAGGAUGCUGCUCAGAAUGUAGGAAGCUCAAACUGCAUCACACUAAUGGAGGCUACAGGUCCCACAAAUGAGGAUUUGUACAUCAGCUGCACAAUGCCUUCUAUAGAGAUUGGUACUGUGGGAGGAGGAACUAACCUGGCCCCUCAACAGGCUUGCCUACAGAUGUUGGGAGUCCAAGGCGCAAACACAGAGUGUCCUGGUAGAAAUGCCUGUCAGCUGGCACAGAUAGUCUGUGGCACAGUAAUGGCAGGAGAGCUUUCUCUCAUGGCAGCAUUGGCAGCUGGGCAUCUAGUCAAGAGCCACAUGGUCCACAACAGGUCAAAAAUGAACCUUCAAGACCUGCCAGGCACAUGCACAAAGAAAGCUGCCUGAGCCCACAGACAGGCAGGAAUUCUACUUUGGGAUCACUGAAGGACCAUAUUGGAAACGAAAAGGAAAGAGCUGAAUAUUUAACGGAUACAUUUCUUUAGAGCAUUGGUGCUUUGUCAGCUGAGGCCACUCAAGAGGAAAACCUAUACCAGCUGCAAACUGUGUCACAAGCCCUAUGUUUCGGCUGGACAAACCAAAGGAGCCAGUCGGCCAGUGGCCUCAUUAUUGGGAGUCUUUGCUACUGAUGACUUAAACAUCCUGUUGACUCCUGCCUUUGUCAGACUGGCUCCUGAACUUCAGGUUAUUUUGUCCACCCUUUGUCUAAAUACCUAUGUCCAAUAUAUUAAGUCUCAAAGGGUCCAGUAAUCUGUCGAUUUUGCUGUACGUUUGCUAUUGAGACGAAAGCCAGAUGAACGGAGAAUGUUGAGACCGAUAUAUUUAAAACUACAUUUUUGUUUUUCUUAACACUGCUCACAGAAACACUGUUUAUAAUUGUGAAAGCUGUUCAUACUUCGCAGUCCUGUUUAAAGACUUGAUUUUCUUUAAUUAUGUUGGAAUAUGUAAUAUAUGUUUUAAUAAUAAUAAUAAUUUAUAUCUUAUUUUUCUAGCGUGAACUCCAUUCUUGAGAGAACACAGUUUCAAAAUCCAUGUUAUUUUUUGUUAGCCCAUAAAGAGCUUUUUACAGAAUUCUCCCAGCGACCUGCAAAAUAUUCCCAUUUGAACCCAAGAUAAACAACCUCUGGCAUUGCCACCAAUUGCAGAUUUACAGGUCCAGCAUCCCUAAGCAGUCGCUGGCUAGUAAGGUUUGCUGCUAUAUCGCAACAUCAGAACUACAAGUUGUAUUAGAAGAUACCGCAUUGUAAAACACAUCCUUAUAAUUUUACUUACUUUACCUUAGCUGUCCUUUUAUUUUACCUUGUUUAAUUCCGCAAACAAGGACAUACUUUAAUUACAUACAUGCCCCCAGCAGUGAAACUGGAAAUAUCUUUGUUUUAAUCAUUUGCUGGGAGGUGUGUAUAAUGUACAUCAGCCAAGAGGUAACAUGACAGUCUGAUCACACAUACUGAGUGUGUAAUCCCAACUCUAGAUUGCCAUACACUUAAUAACAUGUUUGUUUCUAGAUUUUGUAAUUGGCGUUUAUCGGAGGGAUGUAGUUGCUGCAGAGUGGUGUAAAACACCUUGAAUAUGUGUCACUGCCACAGGUGGUACCCGUGUCACCGUUCUGUACUGGCAAACAGCUGACAUUAAUGAAUAAAGCAUCUGUUUCCGUUUAUUUUC